UACCGGCCCGUGCCGGCUCUGACGGCCAAGACGCUCAAGCGCGCCUACGUGCAGCUCGGCAAGGGCAACCUCACGCUCCUCGUCACGCUCACCUCCAUGGCCGGCUAUGCGCUGUGUCCAGCAUCACUGGCUGUGUCCAGCGGGCCACUCGUGCUGCUCGCGCUCACUGCCGGCACGGCCGCCUGCUCGGCCGCCGCCAACGCGACCAAUCAGCUGCUCGAGGCGCCGUACGAUGCGCAGAUGCCGCGCACGCGCAACCGGCCGCUGCCUGCGCGUCUGGUGACGCCGCUACACGGCGCCACGUACGCCGGCAUCAUGGGUCUGUCGGGCGUCACGAUUCUCUCGCUCGCCGUCAACCCGCUGACGGGCGUGCUGGGCGCCGCCAACAUCAUCCUGUACGCCUUCGUGUACACGCCGCUGAAGCGCGUCCACAUCGUCAACACCUGGGUCGGCUCGCUGGUCGGCGGCAUCCCGCCGCUGAUGGGCUGGACGGCAGCGACGGACUCGCUCUUGCAGCUCUCCGACGCGCCAGGCUGGCUGCUGGCCGGGCUGCUCUUCGCAUGGCAGUUCCCGCACUUCAACGCCCUCUCGCACAACCUUCGCAGCGAGUAUGCGCGCGGCGGCUACCGCAUGAUGUCGGCCUCGCACCCGCUGCUCAAUCGCCGCACGGCACUGCGCUACGCCAUCGCCUGUCUGCCGCUCUGCGCCGCUCUGCCUCUGACGGGCGCCGUGCAUCCCAUCUACGCGCUGCUCAGUCUGCCCGCAAACGUCGCCUUCAUCCACGCCAGCUGGCGCUUCUGGCGCGACCAGAGCGACAAGGCCGCACGCUGGUGCUUCUGGGUCAGCCUCGUGCACCUGCCCGCCGUCAUGCUGCUCGCCAUGGUCUGCAAGACGGGC